GAGAAGGAAGGAAGGGCCGCCUCCCCCGCUCCUCCCUUGGCUCUCUCAGAGGCCAGGUGGUGGCGGCGAAGGGCGCGGGAGGCGAGGGGAGCGCUGCCGGCGGGAACGGCAGAGCUUACACAGACCUUUCCCAAGAUGGUUUCCUCAAAUGAAUAUGGGUCACACACCUGGGACCUCUUGCUGACAGUUGAUCAUCAACAUGAAGGUGUAGAUAAGGAAUUUCCACUACAGGUCACAGGGGAUCUUCAUGUUGGAGGACUGAUGCUGAAAUUAGUAGAAAAAAUCAAAAUAGCACAAGAUUGGUCAGACUAUGCUUUCUGGUGGGAACAAAAAAAAUGUUGGCUUUUGAAAACCCACUGGACACUGGAUAAAUGUGGGGUGCAGGCAGAUGCUAAGCUGAUCUUCACUACUCAGCACAAAAUGCUGCGGCUUCGCUUGCCAAACAUGAAGACUGUGAGACUGAAAGUCAGCUUCUCUUCCAUGGUGUUCAAAGCUGUCAGUGACAUCUGCAAAAUGCUCAAUAUCAGGCGGCCAGAAGAACUCUCUUUAUUGAAGCAAUCAGAAGGCACACUCAAAAAGAAAAAGAAAAAAGACAAGAACAGCAAAGAACCAGCUACAGAAGAUAUUUUAAACCUGUGCAACUCUCCAGUGAGUUCUGGAUUACCAGCCAAUUCAGGUUUGUAUAGUAAGACCAUGACACCCAUUUAUGAUCCUGUCAGUGGCUCUCCAGCUUCCUCCACCAUGACCUGGUUCAGUGAUGGUUCCACAGCUGAGCAGAGCUCCAGCAUCCUGGCCCUCAGCCAAUCCCCCUGCUCCCCAGAGAUGCUGGCAGAGAUGUACCAGCCACGGACUUUGGCUGACAAAGCCAAGCUCAAUGCAGGCUGGCUGGAUUCAUCUCGAUCACUUAUGGAACAAGAUGUUCAGGAGGAAGAUCAACUUCUUCUACGCUUUAAAUAUUACACUUUCUUUGAUUUGAAUCCCAAAUACGACGCCGUGCGCAUCAACCAGAUCUACGAGCAGGCGCGCUGGGCCAUCCUGCUGGAGGAGAUCGACUGCACCGAGGAGGAGAUGCUCAUCUUCGCAGCACUGCAGUACCAUGUCAGCAAGUUAUCAUUAUCAUCAGAGACACAAGAUUCCACCUGUGAGUCAGAAGUGGAUGAAGUAGAAGCCGCCCUUUCCAAUCUGGAAGUGACACUGGAAGGUGGAAAUAAAAGCAACAUUUUGGAGGACAUCACAGACAUCCCGAAACUCGCUGAUAAUCUCAAGCUAGUUAGGCCCAAGAAGCUGGCACUCAAAGCUAUCAAGACAUACUGGUUUGUCUUCAGAGACACUUCAAUAUCUUAUUUUAAAAACAAGGAAUCUGCACAGGGAGAGCCUAUUGAUAAACUAAACCUGAAAGGAUGUGAAGUUGUACCAGAUGUAAAUGUUGCAGCGAAGAAGUUUGGAAUCAAGUUACUAAUUCCUGUUGCAGAUGGCAUGAACGAAGUAUAUUUAAGAUGUGAUAAUGAGGAUCAGUACGCUCGGUGGAUGGCUGCCUGUGUUCUGGCCUCCAAGGGCAGAACGAUGGCCGACAGCUCCUACCAGCCCGAGGUGCAGAAGAUCCUUUCCUUCCUGCAGAUGAAGAACUGGACCAUGUGUUCCCAGGCUGCCUCUGAGCCAGAGAAUGUGGAUAUGAAACCUGAGUGCUUCGUCUCUCCACGCUACACCAAAAAAUUCAAGUCCAAGCAGCUGACUGCCCGAAUUCUGGAAGCCCACCAAAACGUGUCCCAGAUGUCCCUGGUGGAGGCCAAGCUGCGUUUUAUCCAAGCCUGGCAGUCCCUGCCUGAGUUUGGUUUGUCCUACUACGUUGUGAGGUUUAAAGGAAGCAAGAAGGAUGAUGUGCUUGGCGUGUCCUACAACAGGCUGAUACGGAUAGACAUGGCCACAGGAGAUCCCAUCACCACGUGGAGGUUCUCCAACAUGAAGCAGUGGAAUGUGAACUGGGAAAUCCGCCAGGUCGCCAUCGAGUUUGACCAGAAUGUGUCCAUUGCUUUCACGUGCCUGAGUGCAGACUGCAAAAUCAUCCAUGAGUACAUUGGGGGCUACAUCUUCUUGUCAACACGUUCCAAGGACCACAAUGAAACGCUGGAUGAAGAACUCUUCCACAAAUUAACUGGAGGUCAGGAAUGACGUGGAGUAAACUCUUCCACCUGCCUGCUUCUUUUUAGCUAAGACUACCAGAGAUUAAACAAAAAUAUCUCUGUUAGUUGCUGGCUACUAAUUGGUGUAUGUGUCAGUCUUGUACUGUGACUGGGAUGGUUUACAGCUUUUGUUAAAUACUGAUGUCAGUUUUGUUAAAUACUUAAGGUCACUGGAUGCAGUUUGGCAACUCCAUCAUCAAUCCUUGAGAAAAUUGAAUCAUCUUUGUUUUCCUUUUGUACAGUUCAAUGUUUUUAAACAAAUAGUGUCUAGCCACUGGAAAGUUUUUUAACCUAGUACUUUUAAUUUCAGCUAUCUGUUUGGGUAUCCAGAACAAGUAACUUGAGGAUAUGGUACAGUGAAUUUUCUUCUCUGUUACAGCCAGGCAACUUCCAUUGUUAAACUGGCAAUUGUUAAAGAGCCCAGCAUUUAUCAGAACUAAGGCUGAAUAAAUAUGUAUUUUAAAGCUCCACAGUUUGUCUAACGUUUACCCUGAGAACACAGAACAUUCCAAAGUCCUGCAGACAAAGCUAUUGGAACUCCUGUAGUGGUUACUCCGUUGCUCAAAAAUGUAGAACCCAUGUCCACCUUCAUCCACUGAAGGGGUUUCCUGAAAGCCACAGAGCGUUCAUCUUGGCAACACUGCAUCCAAACAGUUCAUCUUUUGAGGAACAUUGUUACUUACCUGGUUGGAAAAUGUGCUUUAGGAACUAUCUAAAACUAUUAAAACGGCUCUGAGCGUGUUUCUA